CGCCUCACCCCUUCCGACCUCGACCGCAUCCCUCCCUCCGGGAAACUCGUCGCCACACUCUUCCAGACCACCCGCGCCCUCGAUAACUCCCGCUCCGGCUCCGUCAACAUCACCCGCGACCCCUUCUCCCGCACUCUCCAUCUCCCACACCUCCAAAGCCACGCUGCUACCCCCAGAGAAACCCUAACUCGCGACCCCAACGUCUCCGUCCUGCCACUCAGCUCGCUCCUGAUCCCUAGCAGCCUCAAUCUCAUGGCCUCCGAGACCUGGCCGCCAUUGGGGCUCAACAUCACCCAGGAGCUCAUCGACGGCCACAAUUUCAACAUGGCGGCGGCCAUGCUCACCGCCUCCGGGGUGGUCUCGGAGUUCGAGGCCGAUGAAGCCGGCGCCGGAAUAACCCUUUUCGUCCCCACAGACGCUGCUUUCAGAGAUCUUCCGUCCUCCGUCAGGUUACAGUCUCUGGCCGCUGACCAAAAGGCCAUUGUCCUCAAGUUCCACGUACUUCACUCCUACUACCCCCUGGGGACACUGGAAUCCAUCGUUAUCCCAAUUUAUCCCACGCUGGCCACCGAGCAGAAUUGGGCAGGACGUUUCACUGUCAACAUCUCCCGUGUUAAUGGAUCUGUGGCCAUAGACACCGGUUUGGUGCUGGCUUCAGUCACGCAAUGGUUUUCGACCAGAAUCCGGUUGCCAUAUUUGGGGUGUCCAAAGUUUUUCUUCCCAGAGAGUAUACACCGAGCAGAAUCCGGUUGCCAUAUUUGGGGUGUCCAAAGUUUUGCUUCCCAGAGAGUAUUUCGGUGGCAGUGGGGUGAUUCCUGCAGCCCGCCCCCGGAUAUUGCAGCCCCAUCGUCUCAUUUGCAGGCGCCACCAGUGCUUGAACAGGCCUCAGGUGCAUUGAGGAUAUCCAUGGCUUGGUGGGGGAAUGGAAUUGAUGCUACAGAAGUGGAAAUAAGCAGCCAUUUUUCCGACUGGGAUUCGUUUAAAAGCAACAACACACUAUGUAUGGAGGCUCAAGGGCUUAUCGACCUCGGCAACUAUUCGGCCUGA